AUGGCUAUACUAGAAACCCCUGCUCUCAAGAUCGGUCCAGACAGUCUCUCCGAAUCCGGCUAUGGCUGUGGUGAAGAGCAUUCUCCCGGUUCAGGGUAUCACCGGGGCUUCUACGAGCAAGCUUCGCAUGCGUCCACUGUUGCGUCUGCCGUCGAGGGCGAUGCUCCUCCAUGGUCCGCAGUGCCCCCCCGCAACAGACAAACUGGGCCAACAAACUUUGUCAGCGGCAUCGAUGCGCUCCCUCAACUCACGACAAUCAGAGUCCAUCAUCCCCAGGUAAAUGUUGGGGAACUCACCGGUCGUCCGCGCGCCACGUACUCUCACAGAAAGAAAUACAGGUUCCAGGAGCAACUUCGAGAACAGGCCAUGGGCCACGAAGAAGAGAUGAUGAAGUUCCAAGAAGAAAAGCAAUCUCUAGAGGCGACAAAAGGUUUCUUCAACUCUGUGAAACGCGAAUUGAGACAAGACAACUCCAAUCUCCACGCCGAGAGGCAACGUGCUCAGAUGCGGAUCCAGCAACUCAAGGACCGCGCCGACAGCCAGGCGCAGAAGGCCGUCGAGUUCGAUCAUGUUCAGGCCCGCAACAAGUUUCUGGAAGAAGACCUUUCAACUUUGAAACAGAUGCAAACGCUUCAGACAGAGCAGAUGAGAGGCUUCGCUGCUGAGAAGCUCCAGUUGACCCAGCAGAUUGACAACCUCGAGUCCGAGAAUCGCCUCUUGGUUCAAGACAAAGACCAUCUCGAAAAAAACGUCGAAAGGCUAGAGGCCGAACUGAGGCGACAGACAGCUUCCGUAGAGGAGUUGACAUCUCGUGUGAUCGAGAUCAAGGACAAGAAACGCCUCCUGGCCCACAAACUCGACCUGGAAAAAAACUCAAACGACAGAGACCUCAAAACUCAGGCAGAUGUGGAAAUUCGACGAAUUGAGGAGAAAGCCCGUUUGGAACUGCAAGACGUCCGAGCGCGUCUUACAGAGAUACACGAAAAAGAAGUUCAGCUCCUCAAGGACAGGGCCGAAGUGGCGACCCAGAAAAUCGAACACCUCGAGAAAAAGUGCGAAGCCUCAGAUGCAGCGUACCAGGUUAGGCCUCGCGCUUUUGGUCAAAACACCCGCCACCACCACAGGACGGGAAAAACUCUGGCGGAGAAGCUUGAAGAGAGACCGAAACAGCGGGGCCACGGGGCCAGUUCGAGGCCGCUGAGCAACUUCAUUCUUACUGAAAAAAUCCGGAAACGCGAAAGCGUCCUACACACCGUCCCUGGGCCGGAAGUUCUUGUAGAGUAUCAGAAUGUUCAAAGCCAGCUCCGAGAGGAGAUCCUGGAACUGACUGCAGAGGUGAAAAUGCGUUCUUUUGAGAACGAGCGUCUGAGCCUAACUUGCGACGACAGCGCACGCACCAAGGCUAAAUUAGAGUUGGAGAACGAAAUGCUUCAGAAGAAGAUCGACGUUCUAAGAGAGGAGGUGAUUUCCCUUCAGAAGCGAAGUAGCGAGGAAAGUGCACGAGACCGAGUUGAACUGGUGUUGCUCCGAGAGAAAGUUGCGGCGUUUGAGAGGACGGAAGACGAAGUCGACGCAGCCCUCAACUUCCUCGCCUCAUAUGGAUGUGACGCGACAGAACGAGAAGAGAGGGGACGAGACUCUGAAGACGCCACCGCACUUCCAACUCCAGCGGCGCGCCGCCUUCAAGAGAGUUUGUACCUGGCGAGGAAAUUGAGAUCGAAAAAUAUGGAAUUACAAACGGCACAGGAGCAGCUUCAAGAAGCGGAGAAGCGCAUUGCGCAUUUGGAGCGAGAAAGCUACGUUUUGCGCGAGGCCGUGGACAACCAGCAUCGGCCGCAGUCGUGGCUCCAGAGUCGCUUGCGAGACAAAGAAGUGGAACUUCUCUCGACGCGUGAAGAGCUGCAAGAGGCGCGAGAAGCCUUGGAAAACCACAAGAAGCUGCUGGAGAAGGCUCUGGAGGAAAAGACGCGGUUGACUAUGGAGGUGAAGGAAAUCCAGGAGACCCGGAGUCUGUUGGCGGCGCUGAAACGCGCCGUUCUGGAGAGGAAAAGGGACCGCAGAAUUCGCUCUACCCUGGCCACGGGGACCGUUUUGUCAGAUCCGAGAGCGAGACGGCACAGAUUCCCCUCGGCAAAUCCUCUGGGGCGCCUCCUCGACGCCAGCAGAUCGUCCUCCAAGCGAAGGCACUCGGUUCUCAAAUCGCUUCUCCAGCGUCUCGUUGACGGCCACCCGAGCUUGGGCGGCGCCGAGAGCGACGGUCUGUUUCCCCGACAGAACACUUUCUCUCGAGACUGGGAGUCGCGAAAAGACAGGCGUUUUGCGUGGGGCCUUUCUUCCCAGCCUUCUUCACGGCAGGCGGCGGAAAAGGGGGAGCGCCAAGAAAGUUUCCUUCCGCCGAGAGAAAACCCGCUGCCUAUCGUCAUCGGAGACAGCGAAGCGCUCCAUGGCGCCGAUUUGGCUCUGCCCAUCUUCGGUCGAUCUUCCCUGUUGUUCGGCCACGACGGGAACGGAGCGCCGCCGAAAUCGAUUCGCCUGCUUCCCUCGAGAAGCGCGAGACCCAACGCGACUCUGCCGUUCCCUGGGAAGCGCCAGCGGGCGCGGUCAGCUUCUCCAGAGACAGAGAGCCGCCAAACGCCGUCUCGGUCUCUUCGAGGAGCGAAGACACCCGAGCGGGUCUCCUCGUCGAAAGCCCCCACCACACACGCCGUGGGACAAAAGGAGUCCUCUCUCAGCGAACUCGAGAGGACGGCAGAAAAACGUGAAAGGGGAGCACUAAGGAUAGAGACACCGGAGAAAAGCGCCCCUUCCGCACAGGCUCUCGACCGCGACACUCGACUCGCCGUUCCGCUAACAGAUAAAGAAAAUUUCGCGCUCACCGGCGCGGGAAGUUCUCGCGCAAGAUAA